AUCCCAUCUCCACACAACUUUUCAUCCAUCAACACACCAACACACAAUAUUCAGUGAUUCCAGAAAAAGAGAAGAGAUCAUCGCAUUCCUCCAUAAUGGCGGCCUUCUAAGCGUCUCGUCCCUUCAAGACCCAUCCUCUGUCCCUGCUAAAGCGACAGUCAACACAAUACAUCCCCCUGUUGUCAUACUUCCCUCAACAAUCCAAUCUCCAGAGUCUUCCCUUUUAGGAUCUCUCUCUACCUCCACCAUUUCGUCCGACGUCACGUCGUUCACCACGGAUAACCAACAGCAAUCAUGGCUUCCCUACCCCCCUCACCAGCAGCCUUUGGCGCAGUUCCCGAAUUUGAACAACAGCAACAACAACGACAAGAGCAAUCUACAACAGGACUUCGUGCUCUAUCCACAACAGCCAGCCUCUCGCCCGCCAGUCAAUUCCUUGGACGAGCGUUCGCCAGCACAUCCGAGUGCCAGCCUUAAUCAAGUAUCUGUGAAGAACCAAUCUCUGGUCAACCGCCGACACACAGUUCAGUACAGCAGUGUCAACGUACACCAGCAGCAGAUCAAAUCCGUUCAGCAAGUGAACAGAUUGUUUCCACAGUCUUUAGGGUCAUCAUUUCCUCCGUCCAGCUCUUAUCGGUCCAGUCCAUCGACCCAGAAGCGUCUCGCGCAACGUCUUUACGCAGCUUCUGUGCCUUCAAAUUCUCCGCUUGCAAACCGUCCUCCGGUUCCUUUGUUUAACAGCACACAAAACACUCCAAACUAUCAAAAAAAUCAGCAUAAACAACAUCAAACGUAUCCGCAACCGCAUCGAAGAGUCAUGUCCUCGUCCAAUAUCGCUCAAGAUUUUUCACUAGAUCUCUUUGAUCUUCCGACUCAAAGCCCUCUGCUGGACGACUUGACUUCACCGAUCUCGUCUAUGAUGGCCUCUCCGCUUCUUGACGAAUUCGCGUAUAUGACGAGUUCCUCGGCGACUGUGCCUCCGGGCACAGUUUCGCCAAAGGACUUGAUGUCGGGUCCGCCCUCGUCAUUUUCCACCGAACUUGGUACUCCACAAUCUGCAUUUGACUCGCCUGCAGGCCUAGCUUUUGCUCAGUUCACAUCACCCGUCUAUGCCGCCGACAGUGAUCUACCAGCCGAUUCUAAUGACUGGGCUUCCCUCUUCCCGGACAGCAAUGACAUGUCCGGUGAGAACUUUGACAUGCCUUUCUCAACGUUUGCGCAGGAGAAGACCAGUAAAUCCCGCCCUUCCACUGCUAAUAUGUCGGCUGCUUCUCCGGUGUCGUCUACGGAUGGCGAUGUCAUGUCACAAAAAGCUCGAAACAAGCGAAACCUUCCUGAGCCCAAGUAUGAUCCGUCUGAUCCAGUCGCCGUCAAGCGUGCGCGAAAUACCAUGGCUGCGCGUAAGUCUCGCCGACGCAAACUAGAGAAGCAGGAACAAAUGGAAGAUCGGAUCCGAGAGCUCGAGGCAAUGUUGGCCAAAUCGCAAAAGGACGUAGAGUACUGGAAAGCUCUCGCAGGAACUGCGAUGUCUUCCGAUCCUUGAAAGACAACUUGAAUGCACUGUGCAUUCAAGUUUACGACAAUUCUUAAUCUAUGAUUUCUCCAUCAUGGUUUGCGUGUUGUGCAAAAGUUUGUUUUAUGGCUAUUUAUAUAUUUUGUGCUUGUUAAUACCAAUGGGCCGGUAGCCAGUGGCUACCUCGGUGGUGGGGGGCUGGGUUACGCCUCACACCGUGGGAGGAGUACCAGUCAGAUUGAAAUUCAAUUUGAUAAUGACGCUCCGAAAGACAAAAGUGUGUUUUCUAAACUUUUCUGCUUGUUAUAUAUCAUGUCUCAUUGACGUUUUGCCUUUUCUUCUUUUGGCGAACGUCGCCCACUGGGGUUCACUCCCAAAUUGUCUGUCUCAAUAUUUCGAUUUGUGUUUCAUUCUGGGUUUUUUAAGUCUGUGCCGGUUCUGACGUCUCCUUGGUGAUGCUUGGAUUGACUCGUGGCCAGAUUUGUGUUAUUGUGUUUUUAUAUUAGCUUGCUAAUCUAAUCAUCUCAAUCUCAACUUUAUCUCCAUAUGUAC